AUGGAUAUCCUGAAAGCUGAUGGAAAGUUGAGUCUAGAAUUCUGCACUAGGACGGGUGAGGAAUACAAACAAUACAGCACUGGAGGUCAGAAGAAGAAGAAGGGUCCCAAGGUUGUGCUGGCACAGGGCACAACAUCUCAAGAGAGCAGUUCCCACUGUGUCAAGGCAGCUUUGCCUCUGAGGCUGGUGAAUGGCGGUCACUGGUGUCAGGGCCAGGUGGAGGUCCUGUACCAAGGCUACUGGGGCACCGUGUGUGACGACAGAACAGAGUCCCCUUUGGCUGUGAGACUGGUGAAUGGAGGAGACAGGUGUCAGGGUCGUGUGGAAGUCCUUUACCAGGGCUCCUGGGGCACUGUGUGUGAUGACAGCUGGGACACCAAUGAUGCCAACGUGGUGUGCAGGCAGCUGGGCUGUGGCUGGGCCGUGUCUGCCCCUGGAAAUGCCCCGUUUGGACAGGGCUCAGGGCCCAUUGUCCUGGAUGAUGUGGCCUGUACAGGACAUGAGUACUACCUAUGGGGCUGCUCCCACCGAGGCUGGCUCUCCCAUAACUGUGGACACCAUGAGGACGCUGGAGUCAUCUGCUCAGGUAUGACCCAGAGAUCACUAGCUCUGCCUCCCACUUGGUAAACAAUCCACCAUGUCUUUCCAGGAACAGAGUCUCCUUUGGCUGUGAGGCUGGUGAAUGGAGGAGACAGGUGUCAGGGUCGUGUGGAAGUCCUUUACCAGGGUUCCUGGGGCACCGUGUGUGACGACGGCUGGGACACCAAUGAUGCCAACGUGGUGUGCAGGCAGCUGGGCUGUGGCUGGGCCGUGUCUGCCCCUGGAAAUGCCCCGUUUGGACAGGGCUCAGGGCCCAUUGUCCUGGAUGAUGUGGCCUGUACAGGACAUGAGUACUACCUGUGGGGCUGCUCCCACCGAGGCUGGCUCUCCCAUAACUGUGGACACCAUGAGGACGCUGGAGUCAUCUGCUCAGCAGCACAGGCUGAGCCUACCACCACUCCAGAGCCUUAUCCACCAACAGUUCAUAUCAGCAGUCUUGGAACAGAGUCUCCUUUGGCUGUGAGGCUGGUGAAUGGAGGAGACAGGUGUCAGGGUCGUGUGGAAGUCCUUUACCAGGGUUCCUGGGGCACCGUGUGUGACGACGGCUGGGACACCAAUGAUGCCAACGUGGUGUGCAGGCAGCUGGGCUGUGGCUGGGCCGUGUCUGCCCCUGGAAAUGCCCCGUUUGGACAGGGCUCAGGGCCCAUUGUCCUGGAUGAUGUGGCCUGUACAGGACAUGAGUACUACCUGUGGGGCUGCUCCCACCGAGGCUGGCUCUCCCAUAACUGUGGACACCAUGAGGACGCUGGAGUCAUCUGCUCAGGUAUGACCCAGAGAUCACUAGCUCUGCCUCCCAGCAAUGCAGUAUGCACAGCAGUUCCUGCAGCUUUGCCUCUGAGGCUGGUGAACGGCCGUGACCAGUGUAAGGGCUGAGUGGAGGUCUUGUACCAAGGCUACCUUGGCACUGUCUGUGAUGACAGGGGGAACACCCAGGAUGAAGAUGUCAUCUGUCUGCAACUGGACUGUGUCCAUUCUGUAUCGGCACCUGGAGGGGCCCACUGUCAGGCCUCAGGGAACAUUCUCUUGGGAGCUGUGUACUGCUCAGGACAGGAACCCUACCUGUCCAGUUUCCACUCUUUCUUUACAGUGAACUACACCUGUGGAGGUCUCCUGGACUGGCACUAUGGGACCUUUUCCAGUCCAUUCUACCCUGGGAAUUAUCCCAACAAUGCUAGAUGUGUGUGGAACAUUUUGGUCCCAACCAACAACCAUGUGACUCUGACCUUCAGAGAUGUGCAGCUUGAAGGAGGCUGCAGCUACGAUUAUAUCCUGCUUUUUGAUGGUCCUCAAUACAAUUCCUCUCUCAUUGCUCGGGUUUGUGAUGGGGCCAAUGGAUCUUUCACCUCAACACGGAACUACAUGUCCGUAGUCUUCAUCACUGACGGCAGUGUCACCAGGAGAGGGUUCCAGGCUGACUACAUCGCUACCUUUGUCCCUGCCACCACUGUUCCAUCGCCAUUCCCGACCAUUCCUGUAAAUGAGUCUUCGUUGGUGCUGAGGCUGGCCAACGGAGGAAACCGCUGUCAGGGCCGAGUGGAAAUCCUGUAUGGAGGCUCUUGGGGCACCGUGUGUGACGACAGCUGGGACAUCAAUGAUGCCAAUGUGGUGUGCAGACAGGUUGGCUGUGGCCCGGCUCUGUCUGCCCCAGGAAAUGCUCCGUUUGGUCAGGGCUCAGGGCCCAUACUCCUAGAUGAUGUGACCUGCUCAGGGUAUGAAUCUCACCUGUGGUACUGUCGUCACCGUGGCUGGCUUGUCCAUAACUGUGCCCAUUCUGAAGAUGCCGGAGUCAUCUGCUCACUCCCUGAGGCGACAUCCACUCCCAGUCCAGUUUGGUGGACGACAACAACUCCUUCCUAUGUAAACUACACCUGCGGAGGUUUCCUGACCCAACCCUUUGGGAACUUUUCCAGUCCAUUCUACCCCAGGAACUACCCUAACAAUGCCAGAUGUGUGUGGAACAUUGAGGUCCCAAACAACUACCGUGUGACUGUGGUCUUCAGAGAUGUGCAGCUUGAAGGGGGCUGCAGCUAUGAUUAUAUUGAGAUUUUCGAUGGCCCCCACCACAGUUCUCCUCUCAUUGCUCGGGUUUGUGAUGGGGCCAUAGGCUCUUUCACUUCAACAUCCAACUUCAUGUCGGUUCGCUUCAUCACUGAUCACAGUGUUACCCGAAGAGGGUUCCAGGCUCAGUACUACUCGGUCUUUGCCAAUAACAUCACCAGUCUCCUUUGUUUGUCAAAUCACAUGCAAGCCAGUGUGAGCAGGGACUACCUUCAGUCCAUGGGCUAUUCUGCCAGGGAUCUUGUCAUUCCUGGUUGGAAUGCAAGUUACCAGUGUCAGCCCCAGAUAACACAGAGGCAGGUCAUAUUCACAAUUCCCUACACAGGCUGUGGCACUACCAAACAGACUGACAAUGAGACCAUCAACUACUCCAACUUCCUCAAAGCAGCUGUUUCGAACGGCAUCAUCAAAAGGAAAAAGGACCUCCACAUCCAUGUCAGCUGCAAGAUGCUUCAGAACACCUGGAUCAAUACUGUGUACAUCACCAACAACACCGUCGAGAUCCAAGAAGUCCAGUAUGGCAAUUUUGAUGUGAACGUUUCCUUUUAUACAUCCUCCUCCUUCUUGUAUCCAGUGACCAGCAGCCCAUACUACGUGGAUCUGGACCAAAACUUGUACCUUCAGGCUGAAAUCCUCCAUUCUGAUGCCUCUUUGGCCUUGUUUGUGGACACCUGUGUGGCUUCACCAUACCCCAAUGACUUCUCAUCUUUGACAUAUGAUCUCAUCCGGAGUGGAUGCGUAAGAGAUGAAACCUACCGACUCUACUCCUCGCCGUCACCGCGCAUUACCCGCUUCAAAUUCAGUUCCUUCCACUUCCUGAACCGCUUCCCCUCAGUGUACCUGCAGUGUAAACUGGUGGUGUGCAGAGCAUACGAUGCCUCUUCCCGGUGCUACCGGGGCUGUGUGGUGAGGUCCAAGAGGGAUACAGGCUCCUAUCAAGAAAAGGUGGACGUUGUCCUGGGACCCAUCCAGUUGCAAUCCCCCAGCAAAGACAGGAGGAGCCUGGACUUGGCAGUGAAGGAUGUGGAGAAACCAGCUCCCGCCAGCUCCCAGGCAGUCUACCCUACCGCUGCCAUCUUUGGUGGAAUCUUCCUGGCAGUGGUCCUAGCUGUGGCAGCUUUCACACUUGGAAGGAGGACACGCACUGCCCGUGGCCAACCUCCGAGCACUAAGAUGUGAAGCAAAGCACACCCAGACAUUGGCUCCACGUGCAUAGAUUCCCAGAAAAGAUGGAAGACAUGAGCACGUGAGGUUCGGCAACUGGAUACACCGUGGCUAGA